AUGAUUCUUGUUUUAGAGAUCGAACCCCCUUAUUGCCUGCUAUGGAUGGCCCAUUUCCUCUCCAGCGGCGGAUACAGCUCCGAAGCCUGGUCCUACAUUCUCGCACUCAACGCCUUCAUCAGCAAUCAGAAAUCCCCAUUAUUUAAAUUGAGCAUCGAGCAUUAUGCUGAUCUUCAAGAAAUAGAAUUCUGGGUGGGUUUGCCCUUGGAAAUCCGAUAUCUCGCAUCCAAUCUCUAUCAAACCAAAUGCAAAUCGAAUCGCACCAUAGUAAUUUGCCACAGCGAGCCUGGGGCUUGGUAUCCGGCUCUCUACCAAACCCUACCCUGCCCACCCACGGGCUAUGGUCAGUUUAAGGCUGUUGUGGGCAGGACUAUGUUUGAGACUACUGACAGGGUGAAUGAGGAGCAUGCUGGGAGGUGUAAUUGGAUGGAUUAUGUGUGGGUUCCUACUGAUUUCCAUGUUGCUACAUUUACUCAAAGUGGGGUUGAUCCAUUGAAGGUGAGGAAGAUCAUCCAGCCAGUCGAUUCUUCUUUCUUCGACCCGUUAAAGGUCGAGCCUUUGAGCUUGGAUUCCGUGAGCCGGGUUGUGUUAGGAUCACAAACGUUUAUCUCAAAAGCCCGGGCCCAUUUUGUUUUCUUGAGUGUGUUCAAAUGGGAGCAUAGAAAGGGGUGGGAUGUUUUAUUGAGGGCAUAUUUGGAGGAGUUUGGUGAAGAAGAAGAUGGUGUUGCUCUGUGUUUGCUGACAAAUGCCUAUCACACAGAGAGUGAUUUUGAUAGGAAGAUUGUUAGUUAUGUGAAGGGAUUGAGUUUGGAUGAUAGAUUGGCACCUGUUUAUGUGAUUGAUGGCCACAUAGCUCAGGUUAAUCUGCCGAGGUUGUAUAAGGUGGCUGAUGCAUUCGUGCUGCCAUCUAGAGGUGAGGGGUGGGGCCGGCCAGUGGUGGAGGCGAUGGCAAUGGAAUUGCCUGUGAUUGCCACCAACUGGUCUGGCCUGACUGAGUACUUGACGGAGCAGAAUAGCUAUCCGUUGCCCUUUGAUAGGAUGAGUGAGGUCCAGGAUGGACCCUUCAAGGGGCAUUUGUGGGUGGAGCCAUCCGUUGAUCAGCUGCGAUUCUUGAUGAGGCGUGUUGUGAGCAACAGUGAUGAGGCUAAGGCUAAAGGAGUGCAAGCUAGGGUCGACAUGAAGGGGAGAUUCUCCCCUGAGAUUGUUGCAGAGGAAGUUGUGACUCAUUUGCAGGAAAUUGUCCAAAAUUUUGGUUGAGAUUUGAAUAUCUGGAUAGUGGAAAAAGGAAUGAGGAUUUGGUAAAUUGAUGUUUGCCUAUUUGAAUUCUUUUUUACUACUAUUGGCUAUGUAGA